AUGAAGGCUUGCAGGGCUACCUUGUCCUGGAGGGCAGCAAGAGGGAGUAACGUGUCCUUUCUCUCCCUGUGUCCCACAGAGAAACCCGUCAGCCUGACUUACCGAUGCCCCUGUCGAUUCUACGAGAGCAACGUGGCAAGAGCCAACAUUAAGCACCUCAAAAUCCUCUCCACACCCAACUGCUCACUUCAGAUUGUUGCAAGGCUCAAGAGCAACAGCAAGCAAGUGUGCAUUGAUCCCAAGUUAAAGUGGAUCCAGGAAUAUCUGGAGAAAGCUUUAAACAAACCACGUCAUCGCACUCAUAAAAAAAAGCAACAGAAGAAACGGGGCCCACUCUGCCCUUCCCGUGCAACACCACUAAAGUCUCCAGGGAGAAAGAAUGGAGGUUCAAGAUGUAAGAGGCAAGCAUUGUAAGCCGUCUACAGGAUUUCUUACUGUAGGACCCAGAAAGCAGAUAACCAGUAUUAGGGAAUGAAUACAUUUCACUGUUAUCAUGCAGCACAAAAGCAACGCUUCCUGCAUUUCCAAAGGUUUUUUUUGUUUGGGUUUUUUUGUGGUUUGUUUUUUUUUUUGCACAAAUUGGCUUGCUUUCACAGUGCUAUUUUUAUAUAGUAAGAUGUAACUAUUUGAGAAAAAUGUUUUUAUACAGGUUGGUUUAUUACCUAGCACUGAGGGCAGAUAUGAAUUUAAACUAACCCUAUGUUAUUAUAUAAUAUUUUAUUUCCUUUGCUAUGUAGAGGUCCUGCUUUAUUUAACUUUCUUUUGGUUCAUGCAAGUCUCCUGGAGUUUUAAACCUAGAAGGACAUGAACUGUACAGUGCAAUGAUGUUGUGUAAGUAGUGGAGGAAUUCUUUGCCUCCAGAAGUCAUCAAGGCCAAGAACAUAGGAGGUCUAAAAAGCAUCAGACAUUGAUGAAAGUGGUCAGCAUUACCAUGGGUGGCAUUUAUAGGUAUUCUGGGUGAGGGAUUAAACUCAGGGCUACAGGGCUAAAGCCUUUCUCUGAAGAUCAGAAACCUUGGUGACAGCUAUGAGCAGCUGGGUCAAUGCACAUCUGGUAUUGCAAGGUGCUAGUACUUGGUUUGUAGUAGUUGUGUGUGUUAGGAGCCACAACAGUGAUCUGAUGUCACCUGGCAUUUCCUAUGUUCCUGUGUUUCUGAUGACAAAUUUUAGCACAAAAAGGAAUGGGUUAUUAAAGGUCUAACCACACGAUCAUGUUGCAAGUUGCUGGAGGAGUCAGAUAUGCUGCCGUGCACCAGGUGUCUCUUCCCACCCAUCCACGGGAGGUGGCUUCAGCUCACCUGGCUGGCUUUGCACUGAAGUAGGUGGAGAUGCAUUCACAUGACCCUUCACCAACGAUGCUGUAGCUUCGCAGUCACACGUUACCUGGAAGCAGUAACAUCUUUGAUUGCUCCGGAGAUACCUAAAAGAGGAUGUCUGGCCAUAUCUUUGGAGAAAAGAGAUGCCUGGGGCAAAAGAGGGUCUGCCCGGUUUGUGGAAGGAGUGGUGUUUCUCGGGUGUGGAAAUGAAGGCCAACACUCACUGUUCACCAGCGGUCAUGGUUCUGUUUGCUGGUGAACAGGAUAGCCUCGGCAAUUUCCUUUGCAAAGUACACCCGGGGACAGGUACCACUGCUUCGCCAAUCCCUCUCUCAGCCAGAAAUUUCUUUCUCCUGAUUCCUACCUGUAUAUGCAAUAUCUUUGCUAUAUAGUGUAUGCCUGCAGUACUGCGAUAAUCAUGUUACCCUGCGCGCUGGGAUCCAGGGGGAAGCACAUUUGUGCAGCACAGUGCUUAUGUUUGUAUGUGUGCGUACUGUAAACAGAAAACGUUGUAAGAUUGUAGUUUUUUUGAGCGGGUUGCUUCAGAAGGAAUCUUCCCUCUUCCCUGCAGCCUGUGUCAGGAACACUGAGAGGGGUGUUUCACCGAGCACUCCUUUUUGUGGCAGGCAUCUUUUAGUGCCAAAGAGGCACUUUGGCUAGCCGGGGAUUACCUUAUUUCCAUGUGGAUUCAGGUAAAAAUCUUGUAAGUAUUUUCCUCUCUGCAAAACAGCGCUAUUACAGAGAGUGCUUCAGCUGGGACCACAUCACCUCGUUUGCUUUAAAGCAGAAACCAACUGCUGUGCCUAAAAUGUAUGUGUGUGUGAUUUUGACAUUCCUUCUAUUGUUAUCGUUACCAACCUGGUGCUUUAAGUAUAUUGUGUCUCUGUUUUGAAAGGUCUGGUACCACUGUACUUGGUGAGAAUUGGACUGUUGAUUUAAUGUGAGUAGGAUCUGUUGUAAUGUUGUAAGGCUAAAGACAGAAAGAACUCUUACGAGAAAACUAGAGUUCCUUGUGUCUUCCCUGGAAUGUACUUUAUAUCCUAGGGUCCAUCUCCUGCCCCCACACAUGCACCUGCAAUUGCUAGUGGUUUGCCAGAGGCAGACAUGUGAGUGUCAAAGCCAAGAAUGACUUUGGGGAAAGUGUGGGUGAAUUUUGGUUCUGACACAGACAUGGAGCUUGUCCUUCUCACCCAGGAAGGUGCAUUCUUCACACAUGCUUCCCAUCCAAGGACAGCUUAAGGUCUGAUCUGUUCCCACUGGAGUAAAUGAAGAAUUAAAUAAUCCUCUGAUUUUGAUUCAACAGCAUACCUUGAAAUGACAAUAGGGGCCGUGAAGAUUUUGUUUCUAGGGGAAACAUUGGCUUUCCAGUGAAAAGACGGGGUGGGUAGAUGUGAUUGUACAGCCUUGCCAGCGCUCUGCUGCAGUCCUCGUUAACAGGGAGUGCAUCUGGGGUCAGCACUAGCAGGGAAAGGUCUCUGGGCACAUGCCAACCCCACAUUACAGCCUGGGCAAACAGACUACUUUGACAGAAGCAUUGAGAUGGGCAGUGCUGGAGCACCCCCCCAAAGCCAGCGUCCUAGCUCUGGACGGUAUAGGCAGGUAGUAGAAGUACUGCAGGAAAUGUCAACCUUCUCUUCUAGGGGCAAACUAGUGAGCAUCGCGGGGGUAGACUGUGCUAAAGGAAGGGCAUUUAAUCCUGGGAGAAAUGCAUGAGUAGCAGCAGGAAGGAAAGGGACUCCCUGCAAGGCUAGGGAACACUUACAGCCAGGUGGUGGUUGUCUGGGUGCCUUGUGGGCUGCCUGCCUCUGGCAUUUCUUGAGACUCACACUGUGACCUGGGCCCUGACACCGCUGCGCUGGUAACGAUUCGCUGCUCAUGUAGCUGAGACCACUCGGGGCAUGGGGCUGCUCUCAGGGGCCAGCACCGGCUCCCUCCCUCGCCCAGGGAAGUUUGAGCACAGCGUGACUGGAGGGGUGGCACAGACCUGGCCAGGAGUAAUCGAAGACUUAAACGAGAACCUGAUAAAAGCUUUCUCUUGCUUUAGACCAAAAUUCAACCUUGAGCAGGAAGCUUUGCUUUUUGCCUGACAUUAUUUGCAUGAUGCAUCAGGAAGAGCAGCUAUGUCCUUCAAACUAGAGAAAUCAGUCACUCGGCUGCCCCAAGCUCCUUGCGCUAUCUCUGCAUCGCGUGCUGUUCCUCCUGUGCACACCACGGUCGUAGCAGGCUGAGAAGCAGCACUAGCGGAAACCCGCUCGGGGAGAGCACCAGAUUUUCCUUUCUGCCUUUAACUGUUGACCAAAGACCGAAUCAGGGAAAGGAAGCUUGGGGAGAUGGGAGUGAUGUCGAGACCACACGUGAAGAGAAGGAGGGAAAAGAGGUAACACUGAACUGGUGCUGAAAAAGCAGCUUCCAUAAAUGUGAAAUUGUCACGUGUGGUAUUUUCAAAGUGCAGCUGUCGAAUCCUAAGGUUGGGUUAUUUUUUUUUUAAAAGAAUAGAUGGUAUUUAUUGCUGUGCCAAUUUUUUAAUUUAUACUAGCUUUAUACUUGUAUGUAUGAAUAUCUUAUCUGAAUUCUGCCUGAGGAAGGAUGAAAGGUGGCUUUCUGAUGUGUUUUUAACUAAGGUGUUUGAGCAAAAGUGGCUGCUCAUUUUGCAAUGAAGGCUACAUUCGAAGUUAAAUAUACACAUUUCGUUGAAAAUGCAGUUCCUAUAGAAGUUUUUGUUGCUAUUUUCCCUUUGUUAGCAUCUAGAGGGUCCUUCUUUUCUCUGGCAACUUGUUUUGAGUGAUGUGAUUUAUAGUAACGAGGGGUUUCUCAGAACUCAUCACCUAAAAUCUGAAUUUUUUUCUUUACCAACAUCCCACCAAGACAAGCCUUGUCUGCAAACAUGAAACUCCGGUGGCCACAAAGAAGAAAACACAUAUCAUGAUAAAAGGGCUGCAUGAACCUCCCAUCUUCCACUCCUUAAGAACUCAGUGUUGUCAGAAUGUGGUAAAUACUGUACUUUAUAUUUUUAUUAAGUAAAAAGAAAUAUCUUCCCAAAUAAUGUGAAAAGGGUUUUGUAUUUGUGUUCCUGUAAGGCAGCUUUUAUGGAGGAGUUAUAUUAUGCUUUUGAAAUUACUCCUUUCAUAGAAUAUUUUGAAAAUAAACACUUUUAUAUUGUUGUAAUUUCUCCCAUAAAUGUAUAUGCACUUAAAAUUUUCUUAAUAAAAAUGU